CCAAACUCCGCGCGCGCGCCGCUGCCGAGAGAGUGAGAGACUCGAAAGUGAUCGGGAGAGAGAUGGAGGCAUCGAAGACGACGAAGCCGGCCGGUGGGAGGAGGGGCGCUUCCAGGAGGAAGCCCGUCUCGAAGGCGGUCAAAGCCGGCCUCCAGUUCCCCGUGGGAAGGAUCGCCCGCUUCCUCAAGAAGGGUCGGUACGCCGAGAGGGUCGGCACCGGAGCUCCCAUCUACCUCGCCGCCGUCCUUGAGUACCUCGCAGCUGAGGUGCUGGAGCUGGCGGGGAAUGCGGCGAGGGACAACAAGAAAACUCGCAUCAUCCCGAGGCACGUGCUCUUGGCCGUGAGGAACGACGAGGAGCUCGGCAAGCUCCUCUCCGGUGUGACCAUUGCGCAUGGCGGCGUGCUCCCCAAUAUUCACCAGGUGCUGCUCCCCAAGAAGACCAGCAAGGCGGAGGCGGAGUCCAAGUCUCCGAAGAAGGCGUAGAAGCCUAUUCUUCCCAAGCGUUCGGAUUAACACUAUAGUAAUAGUAGUAGCAGCCGUCGGUACUCGGUAGCGGUAGUGUUUUCGUUCCAUGGUUUUGGGUUUCUGGGAUACUGUAUAUAAAGCGGGCGCCUAGUUUUGGCACCGUAAAAGAAGGCUUGGAUGCGGUUUUGACGGGCUGAUACUGAUGUUGUAAUUUGAGUGAUUAGUCCCGACUUUCGAAAUCUUGUUGAUUGGAAUCUUUAAGUGAAAUGCUAGUUAAAACUCUCUUUAAACGAUUAA